AUGACAAUACUAUCAGCCAAGACGUGUGAUAUACGUUCAGUCCACGCAGUACUGAAAUCCAUAGGCUUUGCCAAGCUCGCUGUACUACAGAUACGCGAUGCUGGACUACAGUUCACCGUACAAUCCGGACAAGAAGUCACAGCGAAAGGGUAUAUACCGCGUACGUUCUUCGACGAAUACGCGUUUAAGUCCAGUGAAGGUGCAGUGCAGAUGGAAAUAUCAAUCAGUAGCCUAAUAGAAACUAUGAACAUCUACGGCAAUGCCACUACGACGGUGACCAACGCGAAUUUUACUUGUUCCGAAAAAGGAGAGCAGGAUGUGCCUACAGUGUUGAAAUUGAAUUACCAGGGAUAUGGAUAUCCACUAGCAUUAGAUAUCAUCGCUCCCCCUACUAUUCUCCCAGACGACAGUAUGUGGUCACCGCAGACAACUGUCGAGCUCAAGACGAAUGAGUAUGAUAUUGCUUCUGAUGGAGCACUAGAGCUGCCAUUCGACGAUGAAAGCGUACAGAUGAAGGUGAUAAUGCAAUCGCAGUGGCUGUCUGAUGCACUUGCAGCGCUCGAGACGCAGACAGAUGUAGUAACACUGUCUUCACCCGCAGACACAUCCGCUAAUGCCCCUGCUCUGCGUCUCAGUGCCAUUUCCGAGACUGGUGCGCUGGAGUUUGAUUUCCCAGAAAGCGAGCAGCUGGCUCUGCGGGACGAUGGUCCUAUCGAUAGUAUAGUGAGGAGUGUAGAAGGCGUGGUGUGUGAGAGGUAUAGAGCUGCACAUAUUCUCCACGCCUCUAAAGCUAUUGCUGCGUCGCACAAGACUAGCUUGCGUAUAAACAGCAUUGGGAUGCUCAGCCUACAGAUGAUGGUCAUAGACGCUCAUGGCAAGCAGACAUUCAUAGAUUUCGUUCUUAGACCGCUUGAGAACGAUGACAUUGAUAUGCUGUAG